UGCCAUGCAGAUAUUUUGGAGAGCUGCUAAGGAUGUCUAAAAGAACAAAGGAAUAGUAAUUCCCGAAGAAUUGGCGCAAAAUGAAAUCUAAUGUCAUACAACGUAUAUUAAGUGCUGUUUGUCAUACUGAGCCGCAGCUGUAGUCAUGGAUGCCAAAGCCAACGACAGCACCUUCCCUAGUUUUGGAGACUUAGAUGAUUUCCUCACCAAGCACGACUCCAAUUUUGUGUGGCUACUUGUGGCCACCAUUCUGUCCUGUGGAUGGAUCAUCUACCUGACCUACUACAACUCCCGUAACAUCGGCCUCAUCUUAACCCUCAUCACCAACAGACUCUACAAGAAUGGCUACAUUCACAUUGGCUCCUUCUCCUUCUCGGUGCUGUCGGGGAAGGUCAUGUUCAGAGAUGUGUACUUCAUCAACGAAGACAUGUCCAUCAGAAUACAAGAUGGUUUCCUUAUAUUCCGCUGGUGGAAAAUGUAUAACCCUAAGCAGAAACAGCACGACCCCAAGGCUGAGACCAGGCUCUACGUGACCGUAAAUGGAUUUGAGUUCCACGUUUACAACCGCACAGACCUCUACGCACGGCUACAGGAGACCUUCGGAUUGGACCCCACCCUCAUACCUCCCAAAAAAGACGAGGAGAGAGGAAGAGAGGAACGAGAAAAGAGCAUGGACAGUGUUAACAUCAAAGCAGAGUCUCCAGACCCGUCGUCAUCUUGGAGAUCCCUCAUCCCCGUCAUCAAAGUCAACAUCAGCACAGGUCGCUUAGCAUUUGGGAACCACCACCUCCCACAGACGAUAUGUGUGAAUUUUGAGGAUGCCUUCCUGACCUACGCCACCAAACCCCCCUCCAGCCACCUGGACCAAUACAUGCACAUCGUCAAGGGCUCUCUGGAGAAUGUCCGCGUCAUGCUCGUACCCAGCCCACGCUACCUGGGCAUGCAGAACGACGAGCCGCCCAGACUGAUGGGAGAAGGAUUUGUGGUCAUGCAGUCUAAUGACGUGGACAUCUACUAUUACCAGGAUGAACCAGGCCUGGUCCCAGAGGAGCAGGAGAGUGGGGAUCCAGAGCUGUGUGGAGAGGGCACCAAACUGCAAGAUCUGCCUCCCUGCUGGGGUCUGGACAUAGUCUGUGGAAAAGGAACUGACUUCAACUAUGGACCCUGGGCAGACAGGCAGAGGGACUGCCUGUGGAAGUUCUUCCUCCCGGCAGACUACCAGUCCUUGGGUGUUACGGAGGUGGCUCAGCCUGGCAAACCCAGACAGAUCCUAGCCUUUGAGCUGCGCAUGAACAUCAUCGCAGACGCCACAAUAGACCUGCUCUUCACCAAAAACAGGGAAACCAAUGCUGUCCAUGUGAAUGUCGGAGCAGGCUCUUAUCUGGAAGUGAAUAUCCCCAUGACUGUGGGGGAGUCUGGCUACUCUCCCACAAUCAAAGGUCAGCUGCUCCAUGUUGACACCACCACCAGCAUGCAGUACAGGACCCUACUGGAGGCUGAGAUGCUGGCUUUCCAUGUGAUUGCCAGCUAUCCCUGUGUAUGGAACAUGCCCCAGUCCUGGAACUGUGAGAUAGAGGUGUACAAGGCCACCUAUCACUUCAUUUACGCCCAGAAGAACUUCUUCACAGACCUGAUCGGGGACUGGGCCAGCGACAGCGCCCCAGAUAUCUACUCAUUUGUCCCUUACGCCUGGAAGUUCAAGGUCCUCUUCCAUCAGUUUGAGAUGAUCUGGGCUGCCAACCAGCACAACUGGAUCGACUGCUCCACCAAGCAACAGGAGAAUGUGUACCUGGCUGCUUGUGGGGAGACUCUGAUCAUUGAUUUCACAUUGCCUUUUAAUGAGUAUGUCCCUACCACCUGCAAUACAAAGUUCUGUCUGAGGGCUGAAGACACAGACCUGCGGCUGUCCCUGCCAGACUGCCACCCCAGCAGGUACCCGCUGCUCACCCUGGCCAAGGAAUACCAGAACAGCAAGUUGCCCCCUGACAUGUGCAUGCCUGUGGAGAGUCAGAGCCAUAGCGGCCCGCCCAAACUCAACAAGUCCCGCUGGAGGAACAUCACCCAUGCAGAGGCUGGCUGGGUGGACUGUUGGACUGUCCCAAACUUCCUGCUCAUCAUUGAUUACACCUGGCACCCUAUCUAUCCUCAGAAAGCAGACGAACAGCUCAAGCAGUCCUUGUCGGAGAUGGAGGAUGCCAUGCUGUCGUCCUUGCGCCCCCCUGAGCACUCGUCUGUACCCCAACCUCCUCCGCCUCGCCGCUCUGCCCCUAACAGCAGAGUGAUCACAGACCCCUCGGAGCUGACCCCUGACAGGCUCCACGUGGAGAUGGAGAUGUCCCCCGACUCCCAGAUCAUCCUCUACGGGCCCCUGCUCAAGGCCCUCGUCUCCAUCAAGGAGAACUACUUUGGCGAGGACGACAUGUACACAGACUUUGAGGAGGCGGUGUCCAGCCCUGUGCUGUCCUACCUGUCCACCUCCUCCAUCCUGGGCUGGUCUCCACUGGGCCAGGAUGAUGACGGGAGGGUUGCCGCCACCCUUCACCCCCUGGCCCUGCGUCCCUGGGACAUCACCGUCCUCAUCAACCUCUACAAGGUGCACGGACGCCUGCCCAUGCACUGCGGCAGCGACAGUCCUGAGGGCCCCUCUGGGUUCUUAGAGAGGCUCUGUUUUGAGAUGAAGAAGGGCUAUAAGGAGACCAUGCUCCAGCUUGUGCUCUCCCCGGCUCAUAUCUUCAUCAGUGACAACUACCAGCGGCCCACGUCUGAUGGUGUUCUGAGGGACGGCCACCUGAGUCUGUCUGGCCUGCAGAUGCGUGCCCACGCCAUGUUCUCAGCCCAGGGGCUGCCUCUAGGCACAGACACCCUGGAGUACGCCUGGCUCAUAGACAUGCAGGCUGGGGCCCUCACGGGGAGAGUCACCGUGCCACAGCUGGCCAGUGUGAUGGAGUGGGGUGAGACGUACAUGUUCCACGUCUUCUCCCGGGAGUUCCAGCUGGAGCAGCCCAAGCCCUCUGUCAUCUGCCAGCACGGGGUGGACCGCCGUGUGUGUGACUCCAAGAUGUCCUGCCUGCCUGGACACUGUCGGACAUCUGAGGAGCUCAAGUACACCAUGACCCGUCUGGCUGUGGAUGGGGCUGACCUCUUCAUAGUGGAGCACAGCUGUGCAGCCAACAUCAAGACGGGUGCCAUCCGACUGGCCAACUGCAACCUGCACAACCAGGCGGUGGGAGAAGGGAUCAGUGCUGUGGUGCAAGAUGUCCAUAUCCACCAGUACAUCGAACAGCAGCAGCCUCAGUCAGACGGGGUCCGACCAGGACCCUCUCCAGGUCAGGGCUUAGGGCUGGGCCAGCCCGCUGUACUGCGGAGAUCCUUCUGGUUGGAGGCUGGCUCGGUCAACUUCGCCCUGAUCACAGCUGACGUGGCACUGGCUGCGGACCACCCGGCCAAGUACGAGGUGCAGAGGCUAUUCCUGGAGCUCCAUGAUGCUUACACCAAGAGGCUAUGGUUCCUGUGGCCAGAUGAGACUGGUCGCAACAAGCGCAGCAGGAACAAGUGUGGUUGCCUGGGGGGCUGUCGUUUCUAUGGGGGCACCAACACGGGCCUGGACUUCUUCCAUCUGGAGGAGAUGACCCCCUCCUGCAGCUUGGCCUUCUCCUCCUCCAGUGUUGAGUCAGACAUGUGCUACGGCCAAUCACUGCUGCAGCCUGGAGAGUGGAUUGUCACCAAGGAGACGCCCAAGCUGUCUAACGGUACGACUGUUUCAAUGUAUUUAUCAAAAUAAAUAAAACAUUUUCACUGGGAUUGGAGACUGACACGGAGUCCGGCCCCGGAGCUCGGAAUACGGGGCCAACACCUGAGCCUACAGGUGCCUCUGCGCUCCCACAGUUCUGCCUCCUCUUCCGAGGAAAAUAGUUCCUCCAGCGCAGCACUGCCCCUACUGGCCGGGGAGAGGGACAGCCCGUCUCCUAGCACUGAGGAACGCAUGUUCCCCAUGAACGGCAAGAGCACUGCAGAUACUCUUACAGAACUCCCUGAGGGCACCCCAGUGUCCCCCAACAGUGCCCAGGAGCACUCCUCUCUCCGCUCACCCCUUAAGCGCCAGUCCUCUGUGCAAUCUGGCCGGCUGGGCAGCACUAAGAGCCUGUCGGCGGCAGUCUUCACCGACAAGCCCCCACCGCCCCUUUCUGGCGUCCAGUUCAGCAGUGAGGUCUCCCGUAGCGACGAGAACGUCCUGGACUCUCCUCGCCAGCGCCGGAGCUACAGCUCCUUCCCGUUCACGCCGUCCGCAGACUCUAGCACCUUCCACCAGUAUCGCUCAGCAGACUCCAGCAUGUCGGUGGCGGACAGCGAGGCUUACUUUUCAGCAACAGAGGACUUUGAGCCCAUCAGCAGUGCAGACGAAGGUCCAGGCACCUACCCUGGCAGAAAGAAGAAGAGGAGGCAGCAGCAGAUGCAGUAUCACCGAAGUUCCAUCUACCACAGUGUGGAGGGACCUCUCACCUAUGUGUUGAAUGGGGAUCUCAUCACAGAGCCCAGGCCCCUGCCCAUGCCCCCCAUGCUGCCCCCGCUGCCAGCCCACCCCAUCCCCGGCCACCAUUCGCAGGCCUCCUUUGUGUCAGCCAUGGGGUUGGAGGAGGAGGGCUCGGUGGAGGUGGAGAAGACUCCCGAGCCAGGCCUGGUGACUCGACAGCCCCAUGUCAUGGCCUGCUACCAGAGUUACCUGGCCCACUACCAGGUGUCCAACUGGUCUCAGAAGCAGCCCACCAAUAAGAGGACCUCCAAAUCCUCACUACAUCGCCCCCUGGACCUGGACACGCCCACCAGUGAGGAGAGCUCCGCCUCCUUCGACCAGCUCUCUGUUCCCAGCUUUAAGGUGGUGAAACAAGGCCUCUCUGCCAGCUCUCUACUUGACAGAGGCCUUUCGUUGAUGGGAGACACAAACAACCAACCCUACACGCCUCUGGAUAAGAAGGCUAUGGAGAACACAGACGACACCACCACUGACGACUGGACCAUGGAGCAGCCCCUCUCCCAGACCAGAACCACCGCCAUCGUGGAGGUGAAGGGGGCCAUCAAUGUGGUGCUCACCCCUCUGGUGGCUGAAGCUCUGGACAGGUACAUUGAGUCCAUGGUCCACUACGUCAGUGUCCGUCACCCUGCAGCCAUUCUGGAUGACCUGCAUGGGAAGGUCCUCAAUGAAGCCUAUCAGAUCAGCAAGUCCACAGUAACUGAAUCCAGCUCAGCCAAGCAGGAGAACAAGCUAUCAAAGACGGAGGGUACCACAGGCUCCCUCAACAUGCCCCAUGGCCAAACGGACCUGACGGUCAAACCAGACAACGUGAAGAUCAAGGGCCUGCAAGCUAAUGUGUCAAUUCCCAAGGUGAACCUGUGUCUGCUCCAGGCCUCGGUAGAAGAGUGUUCUCCCUCCAACUCCAGUAAGAGCCACAUCACACACGUCUCCCUGGUUGCUCUGUGCUUCGACAGGAUCGCCACACAGUUUCGCAUGAACAGGGGCAUAGUGGAGGAGACACCCAACACAGCAGAGAAUGGCCGUCCCUCUGUCAACUUGGAAAAGUACGCAUCGGCCACCAAGAUGCAGCCGCAGUCCUCAGGCUCAUUGCGCUCCAACGCUGGCAUCGAGAAGGGCAAGGAGAUCGCUGCCAAGCUUAACAUCCACCGCAUCCACAGCCAACUACGAGGCCUGGAUUCCACAGACAUAGGAACAUGUGCAAUCACGGCCAUCCCCUUUGAGAAGUCCAAAGUGCUGUUCAGCCUGGAGGAAAUGGAUGAGUUUUCCCUGGUGGAUGAGACAGAGAACCAGGUGGCUGCAGACCUGGCCCGGACCGGCGCAUCCUUGGAGAAGUGGGGCUGGAUCAUGUUUGAGUGCGGCAUUGAGAACCUCACUGUCAAAGGUGGGCGUCAGUCGGGUGCAGUGCUGUACAGUGCGUUUGGCAUCAUGGGACAGUCUGGUACGGGCGUGAAGACUGGCAUGUCCAAAUCUAAUGGCUCAUCGUGUUCUCAGACUGGCAGCGGCUACAGCACCGAUGUAUCUGAUGACAAUCUGCCUAACGACGUGACAAGACCCAACUCUGAUGCCAACAGAAACUCAGACUCUGACGAUCAGGAUGAAGGGGUGGAGUCUGACGACCUGAAGAAGGACCUCCUCCUCAUGCCCCCGCCCCCUGACUCCAGCAGCAUGAAGCUCACCAUCAAGGAGAUUUGGUUCAGCUUCGCUGCCCCCACCAACGUACGCUCCCCCUCACAGGCCAUCUCCAGGCAGCUGAAUCUCCUAAGCACAGCGACGCCAGCGAUUGGCGCCUGGUUGGUCCCCAUCGACCAGCUCAAGUCUUCUCUGCGUAAGCUUGACAUGGAGGGCACUUUGAGAGUGUGUGCUGUCAUGGGCUGCAUCAUGACUGAAGCCUUGGAGAAAAAGAGUAUCCACAUCCCCUUUCGGAGCAAGUACAACAGGGUGACCAAGCGAGCACGCUACCUUCACGAGAACCCCUCCUGUCUGCUGUGUAACAUCCUGCAUCGCUACCUACAGCAGGCUAACUACUCUGUGAUAGAGGAGGCCACCAUGAAUGACGGGCUGCCUGCCCUGGUGACCCUGAAGAAGGGGCUGGUGGCUCUGGCCCGGCAGUGGAUGAAGUUUAUUGUGGUGACCCAGGGCUUCAAGGCCAUCGGCCUGAUGAGGCCCAACCAGCUGCCCAAACCCAAGGAGACCCCCCAGCAGCAGACCUUCCAGGACCAGAGCCAGGGCCUGGACAACGGAGCUGCGCUGCAGAGUGACACUAGUGCUGACGGGGCUGAGUUUGAGUUUGACGCAGCCACAGUGAGUGAACACACCAUGCUGUUGGAGGGAGCAUGCAGCCGCCCUCUGCCCACAGGAGACAAAUCUGGACCAGUUAGUGGGGUGGAGAUCAUGAGGAAGCUCUCCAAGUCCCACACACACAGUGAAUCUGCCCUCAAAAUAAAGGGCUCCCACCCAUACCAGUCCCUCAGCUACACCAGCGGGGACACAGCGGCUGACUCUCCUGCCCAUGUGAGUCGCGUGGGCAUGACUGCCAAGGACAGUCCCCGUAAGGAGAGUCUGCUGAGCUACCUGACAGGCAGCUUCCCCAGCCUGCACAACCUGCUGGAGGGCACGCCCCAGAGGAAUGAAACCACCACCAAGAGCACAGGUAACAGUGUGGGCCCAGAUGUGGUGACGGAACACCCCCUGCUGUCUGAGCCCUCCUCCGUCAGCUUCUACAACUGGAUGUCCAACGCUGUGGGCAACCGGGGCGGAGGGACCGCUGUACCCCAGGAGUCCCCGGUUAACUGCUCCCAGCACAAUAUCCUGCAGACAGGCAUCACCUGUAACCUCCACACCAUCCCAUCAGCGUCAGACUUCAACACGGUGCUGUCCAGCGACCAGAACACUCUUGAUGGAACACAGUCUCAGCACUCUCAGCACAGCACCAGCCAAGAUGACAUAAUGAUGGCCGACAUUGAGGAGGGCAACCAGUGUCCCGCCGCUGUUCAGCUAGCAGACGCCCAGGUUGUGUUCAAGCCUCUGCUGAGUCACACAGGGAUCCAGGCCCAGGACACCACUCCUCUCAGCUACAAGAUGUACUUUGGGGAGCACCUCUCCUUCUCUGGCACCUUGGAGUGUCUCAGAGCAGACAUUGUGGACUCUGACACAUCCAAAGAGCGGAAAAAUAAACGGUUGAAAAGACAGGGCAUGCCAAACCUCCCUCUGCUGGAGUUCAAGCCUGCCCUGCUGAUCGAGACGUUCAGCCUGAACGCUGUGGUGAUGGAGAAGUCUACCAGCACUGGCCCGCCUAACUCCACGGCUGCCGCUGCUCCCCUCGCCUUUCACGACCUGAAUCGUCGCCACUACAACACCUUUCACUGCGAUUUCACCAUCGCCUGCCAGGCCAUCAGCCAGCGCGUGGACAUGGCCCUGGUGCGCCUCAUCCACCAGUUCAGCACCAUGGUGGACGACAUCAAGGCCACACAGACAGACAUCAAGCUCAGCCGCUACACUGCCGGCUCUGCCUCCCCCACACCCACCUUUAAAGUGCGGCCCUACCGCCACUUCCGCUCCUCUGACUUUAGCCGCAGCUCGCGAGGAAGCGUCAACGGAGCCGGGCGGAGUGGGGCUGGCAGCGGCGGGAACACUGCUCAGAAGAGCAAGCGGGGGGGGGGUGGAGGGGCGGGUCAACCGCCCAACGGCCCCCAGUCAGGACUGGACACGCUGGGCAGGAGGGAGCCCCGGGGACGCAACACGCUUGCUCGCUCGGAGCGCCGUACCUCCAAGGUGUCGCGGAAGGGCUCACGGGAUGUGGCGGACCACAUGACCAUCCAGAUGGACGACUCAGACUCCAUCACAGUGUCAGAGCAGAGCGAGCCCUCUGCAGAGUGCUGGCAGAACAUGUACAAGCUGCUCAACUUUUACUCCCUCAUCUCCGACCCCACCGGUAUCCUGGAGAAGAGCUCCCCUGAGAACUGCCUCUCGGACGGUGGCCGCAGCCCCUCGGAGCCCCUGUGCAGGGUGAUGUUUGAGAACGAGCAGCAGGACCCCACCAACAAGCCUCCGGCUGGGCUCGGAGCGGGGGGGCGACGGCGUAGCUUGGUAAGCUGUGAGCCACAGCACGUCACCCUCAUCGUGUUUGGCAUCGGCAUUGUGAACCGCACCCACCUGGAGGCAGACAUCGGGGGCCUGACCAUGGAGGCAGAGCUAAAGAAGAUACAAGGUAGCUUCACACUUAAGGAGAAGAUGAAAGACAUACUGCACCAGAAGAUGACAGAGACUUGUGCAUCAGCCCACAUAGGAGGAGUUAACAUUGUGCUCCUGGAGGGUAUAACCCCAGACAUUCAAACAGUUGUGAAAUGCAACAUAGCAAAGUCCCAGGCCCUGUACAGCGCCCAGCGGGGCCUGAAGAACAAUAACGCCGCUGUGUUCAAGGUGGGCGCCAUCAUGAUCAACAUCCCCCAGCACCCAGCCACGCUGCACAGCAUGAUGGUCCGCAGCUCCCACCAGCUCUCCAAGCAGAUCUCCGACCUCAUCCGCCAGCCAUCCAGCGUGCCACCCUCCAACAGGGAGGACACUCCCACCCCUCAGCCCUCUGACAAGGCGUCCAGCAUCAACCAGACUCCUGUGGAGGCCAACGAGUUCCCCCAGCUGCCGGAGGGGCUGGAGAAGAAGCCCAUCGUCCUCAAGUUCAGUGCCAUGAUGGACGGCAUCACCAUAGGAGCGGCCCUGCUGCCCUCCCUCAAGGCUGAGUACAAGAUGGGCCGCAUGAAGAGCCACGGCAUGACAGGAGCCCAGACAAGGUUCACGUUUGAGCUGCCCAACCACAAGCUAUGUUUUCAGUCCAAGGUGUCUCCGGUGGACACCAUGUCCGCCAUGCCCCCCUCGGCCAGCCUCAACCUCCCGCCAGUCACCAUGUCCGGAGAGUACAUCAUGGAGGACCACGAGGGCCACUCGGAUUUCACAGACGACUUCCCAAUCCCCAUGAAGCAGGGAAACUACCUCCAGGGGAAUUACCUGCGCUGUGUGGCUGAGAUUGGUUCUUUUGAGCACAACCUCACAACGGACCUCCUGAACCACCUGGUGUUCCUGCAGAAGGUUUUCAUGAAGGAAGUCAAUGAGGUCAUCCAGAAAGUAUCAGGAGGAGAGCAGCCCAUCCCUCUAUGGAAUGAGCACGACAUCUCGACAGACGCUGACAAGCCCAAGAUUCUGCUUUACUCACUCAGUCUGAUGUUUAAGGGGAUCCAGAUGACGGCCACCACUCCGUCCAUGAGAGCGGUGCGCUUCGAGACAGGGCUGAUAGAGCUGGAGCUCUCCAACAGGAUCCAGUGUAAAGCCCAGGCCGGCGGCAGCAGCAGCUAUCUCAAACUGUUUGGGAAGUGCCAAGUGGAUCUGAACCUCGCCCUGGGCCAGAUAGUCAAACACCAGGUUUAUGAGGAGGCAGGUUCAGACUUUCACCAGGUGGCCUACUUCCGCACUCGUAUUGGCUUACGGAACGCCCUUCAGGAGGAGAUUAGUGGCUCCUCAGACAAAGAGGCAGUCCUCAUCACACUCAACCGGCCAAUCGUCUUUGCUCAGCCUGUGGCUUUUGACAGAGCUGUACUCUUCUGGCUAAACUACAAGGCGGCCUAUGACAACUGGAAUGAGCAGCGUCUGGCACUGAACAAAGACAUUCACAUGGCCACCAAGGAGGUGGUGGACAAGCUGCCGGGCAUCCAGCAGACCUCUGCCCAGGCCUUCAGCACCCUGUUCCUGCAGCUCACUGUCAACGACCUGGGAAUCUGUCUGCCCAUCACCAACACCUCACUGGCAAACCACAGCAUUGACUUUGACACUGGCUCGGCCCUGGUGCUAACCAUCGAGAGCACGCUGAUCACCGCUUGCUCCUCUGAGUCGCUGGUCAGCAAGGGCCACUUCAAGAACUUCUGCAUCCGCUUUGCCGAGGGCUUUGAGACAUCCUGGGACGACUGGAAGCCUGAGAUCCGAGGAGACAUGAUCAUGAACGCCUGUGUUGUUCCUGAUGGCACAUAUGAAGUCUGCUCCAGAACCACAGGCCAGCCGUCAGCAGAAAGCAGCAGUGCGGGCACCUGGGCACUGAACGUGCUGUGGAAGAUGUGUGGUAUCGAUGUCCACAUGGACCCCAACAUCGGCAAGCGGCUCAACGCCCUGGGCAACACGCUGACAUCGCUGACGGGCGAGGAGGACGUGGACGACAUCGCUGACCUCAACUCCAUCAACAUGGUGGACUCUGAUGAGGAUGAGGCCGACACCAUGUCGCCCACCAUCCAUAUGGGGAGCCCAGAGGGAGAGUGCAGCAGCCCAAGGCUCAGUCCCAGGCUCACGUUCAGGAAGCGGCUAGUAAACAGCAUCCUGGGCCUGAAAAGCCCCAGUGUCCAGAGCGUCUCGGUACCAGCCGACUACCUAAGCGACUAUUCUCCUCCCCAGUCCAGAGGGAACAGGACCAGGGCUCCCAGACCCAUAUCCUGGGGAUGUGAGACCAUAGACCUCAGGCGGCAGACGGCAGUGGGCAACCAGAUCUUGGAUCCCAGAAGGGGGAAGUUAAACAAAAGAAUAGUGGACAUCAGAGAGCUGAACGAGCAGGCCAAAGUCAUUGAUGACCUCAAGAAACUGGGAGCGAGUGAAGGCACAAUCAACCAGGAGAUCCAGCGCUACCAGCAGCUGGAGUCUGUGGCCGUCAACGACAUCAGGAGAGACGUGCGCAAGAAACUACGACGCUCCAGCAUGAGGGCUGCGUCUCUGAAGGACAAGUGGGGUCUGGGAUACAAACCCAGCUAUAACCGUUCCAAGAGCAUCUCUACAGCAGCAGGGAGGCCUCCACUCAAAAGGAUUGAACGCCAAAGUUCCAGAAUAGGAGACGUUGAUGACUUACCGGACAUCAGAGUUGAUGCGUCCUCCCCAGGACCGAGAGUCACCUUCAACAUCCAGGACAUGAUUAAUAAUCAGGACUCUACAAACCGACCGGUCAGUCCAGGAGAAGUCUUCAAGUUUCCGGAGGAGACAGAAAUGGAUCUGUUGUCUAUCACCAUUGAUGAGCGACCCCAUCCUCAUCUUCAUCACCUUCAUAAUUUCCCAUCCAUUAGCGAAGGGCCCCACUCAGUUUUCAGUGCCCCUGCCACCCCUGCCGUCUUUUCACCUGGCAUUCCCUUCCAGCACGACGACAUGCGCCGCGACGAGCUCUCCUCCUCUUCCUCAGAGGAUUCCGACAAGGAGGAAGAGUUUGACCGCAAGAGGCCUUCCUGCUACUUCAGGAGGCCUGUCCAACCACCACACAGGAAGCCAUCGGGCUUCGCCGCCGUCAGCCAGCUGUUCAGCGAGCGCUGGCCCAGCACGCCCACCAAUCGCAGCCUCAUGAGCUCGGUCACCGAGAGGAACAUCGACUUUGAGCUGGACGUGCGCGUGGAGAUUGACAGCGGCAAGUGUGUCCUGCACCCCACUACCCAGCAGCCGGAGAACGAGGAUGUCUCCUUCAGAAGGAGUUGUGACCGCAGCUCCAGGAGUCUGGACCAGGAAUCUCCACCCAAGAAGAAGAAGCUCCAGCCCACCUAUACCUCCACCACCCAGCUCCUGGCCGGGAAGAAGGUGCCCUCCUCUCUGCAGACCAAAUCCAGUGACCUGGAGACCACUGUCUUUUACAUUCCGGGAGUAGAUGUCAAGUUGCACUACAACUCCAAGACCAUAAAGACCGAGUCGCCUGAUGCCUCGCGCGGAUCCUCCCUCCCCCGCACCCUCUCCAAAGAAUCCAAGCUGUAUGGUAUGAAUGAUAGCGGCCCUCACAACCCUUCCAAUGCUGGCCAAAGCAAGACUAACUCGCUCCUUCCUCCCCCAUCCCCACCUCUACCAUCAGCCAAAGGCAAGGGCAGUGGUGGGGUGAAGACAGCCAAGCUGUAUGCCUGGGUGGCCCUCCAGACCCUCCCAGAAGAGAUGGUCAUAAGCCCUUGUCUUCUGGACUUCCUGGAGAAAGCCUUGGAGACCAUUCCCAUCACACCGGUGGAAAGGAACUAUACUGAUCUGAACUCCCAGGAGGAGGACUUAGGCCAGUUUGAUCCAGUGGAGCCCCUGGAGGAGUCCACCACAUCCCUGGUGUCCUCAUCCACCUCUGCCUACUCCUCCUUUCCUGUGGACGUGGUGGUUUAUGUCAGAGUACAGCCCUCUCAGAUCCGCUUCAGCUGCUUGCCCAUGUCCAGAGUGGAGUGCAUGCUGAAACUGCCAUCUCUAGACCUGGUAUUCUCCUCUAAUCGCGGUGAACUGGAGAUCCCAUCCAGCACCCAACCUACCGACAGCCCACAUACACCCUCCUCCACCCCCCCGAGCCUACACAUCCUCAAACCACCCCCUGGCAAAGGAGGUCCCUCUCCAUCUCUGGGUAGCCCUCUGGGCCGGACCCAUCACAGCAGUAGCCAGUCAGACCUCACCGCCCCCCCCAGCAACUCCUCAGGGCUCAGCUUCACUGCCUGCAUGUCAGACUUCUCCCUCUACGUGUUCCACCCUUACGGGGCAGGGAAACAGAAAUCUGCUGUCACAGGGCAGGCACCAGGCCCAGGACCUCUAGGUACAGUGGAUGAGGAGCCGUCCUCUGUGACUGGGAGGAAGGAUUCCCUCAGCAUCAAUCUGGAGUUUGUCAAGGUCAGCCUGUCCAGAAUGAGACGCACCGGAGGACCAACCUUUAUCGAGAGUUUUAUACCCGGCAAGGGGGGCAAGAUGGACACCACCCUCAUCAAUAUCUCAGCUGUGUGUGACAUCGGCUCUGCCUCCUUCAAGUAUGACAUGCGGAGGCUGAGUGAAAUCCUGGCCUUCCCCAGAGCCUGGUACCGCCGCAGCAUCGCCCGACGCCUCUUCCUAGGAGACCAGACCAUCAACAUGCCAACAGCCUCGGGUCCAGCCACCCCAGACUCUGUAGAGAACAUGGCCCAACACCUGUCACCAGAGUCCAGCCGUAAAGCCUACUGGAGGACCUGGGACGGUAGCACUGGGCAGCACAUGCCCCAGUCCCCCAACGUGUUCUCAGACCACUCCACUGGGAGCAACAUGUCCCCCGGGGGCCUGUCCUCCCACCUCAAGUCCCCGGCCCCAGGACGCACCAGGAGUGUCUCCGAUUCCUCUGCCCCCAGAAGAGAUUCUGUGAACAAGACGUCCACACCAUCGUUCAAUAAGAGCGGCAAGGCAGCCGGCCCCCAGGGGACCCCGUGGGAGACACUAGUGGUGUUCGCCAUCAACCUGAAGCAGCUCAACGUCCAGAUGAACAUGAGCAAUGUCAUGGGCAACAACACUUGGACCACCAGUGGGCUGAAGAGUCAGGGUCGUCUGUCAGUGGGUAGUAACAGAGACAGAGAAAUCAGCAUGUCCGUGGGUCUGGGUCGCUCCAAACUGGACUCUAAAGGCGGCGUGGUGGGGGGCAAUAUAGACGUCAACACCCUGGAGAUGGUCUCCCACAUCUCGGAGCACCCCAACCAGCAGCCCAGCCAUAACAUCCAGAUCACCAUGGGUUCCACGGAGGCCCGUGUGGACUACAUGGGCUCCAGCAUCCUCAUGGGCGUCUUCAGCAACGCAGACCUGAAGCUUAAGGAUGAGUGGAAGGUCAACCUGUGCACUGUGGAGACAAGCCUAUCAGAGAAAAGUAAGAUAUUUGUCCAAGGGGACUUGCAGUGGGAUAUCUUCCAGGUGAUCAUCUCGCGCUCCACUACCCCCGACCUCAUCAAGAUUGGGAUGAAGCUGCAGGAGUUUUUCACCCAGCAGUUUGACACAAGCAAACGAGCAUUGUCCACAUGGGGUCCAGUCCCCUACCUGCCCCCCAAGGCACCGGUCAUCAACAUUGAGAAAGGUGCUGCAGAGCUGUACAUGGAUGCGGCCCACCAUCGACACUGGCCUGGAGUUCUGAAGGUGAUCGCCGGGUGCCACAUCUCCCUCUUCCAGAUGCCUCUUCCAGAAGACGCAGUGCAACUGGGUGGCUCCAUUAGUCUCCAUGGCAACCACAUGACCCUGGCCUGCUUCCACGGGCCCAACUUCCGCUCCAAGUCCUGGGCCUUAUUCCACCUGGAGGAGCCCAACAUAGCUUUUUUGACUGAGGCUCAGAAGAUAUUGGAGGACGGCUCCACUGAUGAGUCCACCUACAUCGUGCAGACGUUGGCUUUUAAUCUGGGUCACAACACUAUGGAAACCAAACCCUGCGGGGCGCUAGAGAGCCCCAUGGCCACCAUCACCAAAAUCACCCGUCGCCGGCACGAAAACCCGCCUCACGGAGUAGCCACGGUCAAAGAGUGGUUCAACUACGUAACUGCCAUGAGGAAUGAGGAACUGAACCUCUUGCGCAACGUACACGCCAACAACCCAGAGAGCGGGGCGGCCGCCAAGAGUUCAAGCCUGCUCAGCAGCUUCAGCGGCUCUUCUAGCUACAACCACGAGACGGAGACAAUCUUCGCCCUUCCCAGGAUGCAGCUGAAUUUCAGCUCCAAAAACUUUCAGGAUCCCGAGGAACCCUCCUUGACUGACUCCAACAGUAAGCCUAAGGUGGAGUGCAGCCUGGUUACUGAAUUCACCGACCACAUCUGUGUCACCAUGGACGCAGAGCUCAUCAUGUUCCUGCAUGACCUGGUCUCUGCCUACCUGAAAGAGAAAGAGAAGGCCCUUUUCAACCCCCGGAUGUUUGCCACUCGGCCUGGCCAGAAGAGCCCAACGGCCCUUAAUGAUGAGAACUCCACAGACAAGGAGGAUGGCAUCAACUACACUACGGUGGACUGGAGAGAAUUCAUGUGCAACACCUGGCAGCUGGAGCCCACGCUCAGGCUCAUCUCCUGGACGGGACGGAAGAUCGAUCCUGUCGGCGUGGACUACAUUCUCCAGAAGCUAGGCUUCCACCACGCAAGGACUACAAUUCCCAAAUGGCUCCAGAGGGGAGUGAUGGACCCCCUGGACAAGGUCCUCUCUGUCCUCAUCAAGAAACUGGGCACGGCCCUGCAGGACGAGAAAGAGAAGAAGGAGAAGAUAGGACGAGACAAGGAAGAGCACUAACACCAACAUCCAUACCUUCUAACACAACACUUUAAAAACUGGAGGUCAGACAGUAAAUCGUCAACAAACAAAACACUGGAAAACUGGAAAACACUGGAUAGUUCCUAGACUUGCUGUACAGUGGAUAGCGUCAUAGGUACAUUUACCGCUAAGCCGUGUGAAUUUCAACAUAGAUGUUUACUGUGGUGCAUGCCACUAUGGGUUUUGACAGAAAAAUGUGCACUGUUUUUAUGUAUAUUUUGAACAAAAUAGUAAGUCUUAUUAUUUGGCAGCUUAAAAUAAUAACCCUGAAACCCCAACAUGAAUUAUAUGAUAUACAUGCUUUAUAUGGUUGUUGUCAGAACAAACACGUUGAAGUCAUCAUUUAUGAUACUUCUUUUAUGGUUCAUUACCUUUUUUCUGAUGAGUGUGGGGGUUACUUCUAAAUCAUUGCCUUUUCUUUGUUUCCAAUGGUAUAGUUGGAAUGAGGAAUCUCAUUUUAAGUGUCAGCUUUUCUAAAUUCAUCCCAAUGACAACAGUUUUUGGAAAAUUUUCCUAUGAACUAAAAAGUAUUGGAUGGUUUAAAUCCACUUAUAUAAUGUAUUGUAAUGCUAAACCAUGGUUAAUUCUUUUUUUUAAUCUUAAUUUAAUGGGGAUCAGAAAUGUAUAGUCUAAAACCCAUGUGAGCUGGGUGUGUCAAGCCUGUUUUUUUUAUAUGUGCAAUAGAUGAGUGUAUAUAAAAUGACUGUGAAUUUCUUAAGUGUUGAUUUCUGAAUAAAAUAAAAUCAUAGCCAUCCAAUUUUA